UGGGCUUCCUCGUUCCCGGGGCCUCGCAGUGGUUCUGGGGCCGCAGGAAGAGGGGCUGGAUAGGAGAAUGGUCGGUGACAAUGGUCACUGCUGGUGGGCGGUGUAAACACUCCUGGGUGCCGCAAGUGGUUUUAAACGGCCACAUGUUUAAAAACGCUCUUAAGAAAGUUGGAGAGGGGAUUGCAAAAUACAGAAAGGUUCUAGCACCCGGAGAAAACCACUGUGAACCUCGGGGUGAGAUUCUAGCAUGCUGUUGUUUCUGCAGCGCCUUUAUUAUUAUCAUACUACAGUUUUAGAGAGAUUUAAGUGAUGAAAUAAACAGCACAUAUUCUAGGUGAAAGGUUGGAUAAAUUCUGAGUAUUUUGCGGUGUGCAUUCUGGUUUCUCCCUUGCUCCUUGUACACGUAGCGGAGCCGGCCUCAGGCCCUGGCCAGCGUCUCCUUGUUUCAUCCUCUGCUGUUGGGUACCAUAAAGUUGUCAUUCUUGUUGGGUGCCACUGAGUCAGUUUUCAACUCAUAGUGACCCCGUGUAACGGUAGGGAUUUUCUAGGCUGUAAUCAUUACAGGGGAUCCCUGGUCAAGCAGUGGUUAAGAGCUCGGCUGCUAACCAAAAGGUCAGCAGUUCAAAUCCACCAGCAGCUCCUUGGAAACUCUAUGGGGCAGGGCAGUUCUACAGCCCACUGGGGGGGUUCGAACUGUUGACCUUUCAGUUAACAGCCAAGCCCGUUAUGCCACCAGGGCUCCUUAACAUAAAGUAGAGGUUUAUAUUAGCCCAUUUUAAAGAUCGGACAGCUGGGACCCAGACCGCCGGAAGUCAUACCCCUGGCAAACAUCAGAACAGGAUGUGGGACUCCAGAGCCCUGCAGACCCCCAAGCAUCCCCCAUCUCCCCAUCCUAGCCCAUGUCUUAAGGACUGGGGGUUUUCUCUCACGAAUGGUAUUUUUCCUGUGUGUCUGUGGUAACCUGGGCUUGGGCCUGUGACGUAAAACUCACUUUCUCCUUCUCUGUUCUCUUGGACUCACUUCCUUUUCAGUGCCACAUGUUUGUUUGUUUUAGAAGUCAAGAGAUUUUGAGAGGAAUUAGAUAUAAAAAAAAAAAAAAAUUUUUUUUUAUUUUAUAUUUGUGAAAGACAAAGGGAAGUGGUAGGGGUAAGGAGGAGCCCCUGGCUGAGGCCCAGCUCUCUGCGCAGCUGGAAGCCAAGGUUUUAACCCAGACUAAGGUGUUGUGGCGUAGUGGUUAAGUGCUAUCGCUGCUAACCAAAGGGUCGUCAGUUUGAAUCCACCAGGCGCUCCUUGAAAACCCUAUGGGGCGGUUCUACUCUGUCCUGUAGAGUCACUAUGAGUCAGAAUCGACUCCGUGGCAAUGGGUUUGGUUUGGUUUUUAAGGUGUUUUUAGUCACCUCAUAUGCAUGCAAAAGCUGGACAGUGAAUGGGGAAGGCCAAAGAAGAAUUGAUGCCUUUGAAUUACGGUAUUGGCGAAGAAGGUUGAAUAUACCACGGACUGCCAAAAGAACAACAAAAAAAGUCUGUCUUGGAAAAAGUACAGCCAGAAUGCUCCUUGGAAGUAGGGAUGGUUUAUCAAGGAUAUGGAGUCCCCGGGUGGUGCAGGCAGUUACCAUGCUCAGCUGCUAACCAAAAGGUUGGAGUUUGAGUCCACCCAGAGGCACGCGGGAGGAGGGCCUGGAAAUCUACUUCCUAAAAAUCAGCCAUGAAAACCCUGUAGAGCACAGCUCUACUCUGACACGCAGGGGGGCGCCGUGAGCCAGAAUCCACUGGGUGGCAGUGAGUUUUCCUUUGUUUUAGUCUUAUCGGGGUACUGUUCCUAGAACUCAUUGGACAAGGUGGGCUGGCUUCACCAUGUGACAAAGAAAGAGAAAGUCCCUUAUGUCUCUGCCUGCCCUGGCUCCCUGUUUCUUCCUCUCUCUCCUGGAAGCGCCCUGUGCUUCUUCACCUCCAGACUUGGCCGAGUGCCUUUCCAGGGGAGGCAGCCGCCUCAGAUGACACCUGUCCCAUUGCAGCCUCUCUUGCUUCCUAUCUCCCUCAGGUGGGUUUCUCUCUUUUACCCUCUGUGACUGCGCUGUCUAGUACAGCCCCACUGCCCACAUGUGGCAAGGCACUGCAACUGUUGUUAUAAUUGUUGGUGGCUGUCAAGUUGGCUUCAACUCAUGGGGACCCCAGACACAACAGAACAAAGUGUUGCCCAGUCCUGCACUAUCUUCACAAUAGUUGGUCUGCUCAAGUCCAUGGUUGUGGCCACUGUGUAUUUUGAGUGCCUUCCACCCUAGGGGGCUCACUUUCCAGCACAGUAUCAGACGAUGUCCUGUUGUGACCCAUAGAGUUUUUAUUGGCUGAUUUUUGGAAGUGGAUCACCAGUCCUUUCUUCCUAGUCUUAGUCUGGAAGCUCUUCUGAAACCUGUCUACCAUGGAUGACCCUGCUGGUAUUUGAAAUACCGGUGGCAUAGCUUCCAGGAUCACAGCAACACACAAGCCACCCCAGUAUGAGUGACAGAUUUGUGGUGGAGCUUCUGUUAAGGGUGACGAAAAACUCUGGACACAGGUAGUGGUGAUGGUUGUAACACGUGGUAGAGGUAAUUAGUGUCCCUGAAUUGUACACGUAGAAGUGGUUAAAAUGGCAUAUAUUUUGCUGUAUGUAUUUCACAACAAUAAAUUUUUUAGAAAAAGGGGGGAAAAAUUCCCCACACAGCUGACAUAGAGAGUGGGUUUUCACUCUGGGAAGUUUCAGACAUUCCCCAGGUGAUGUUCCCUUCCUGUUUCCCUGGAGUUCAGAGGGUCCAGUGACUUCACUGGAAAAGGCGAGUCUGACUCAAGGAGGUGGGUUCUGGGAAGGAAGCCUUCACCCAGCGCCUGUGGAGGACCUGGUCCCAUUCUGAAAGCCCAAGGAAGACUCAGGACAGACAGAGUGCAGCCUCCAGCGUAUCCGUGAGGCUGGGACCACACACUCUCAGGGAGGCAGGUCCGACUUUCGAAGGACGGUCCCCCGUGAGCCCUCUGGUUGUGGCCUGUUUCCUUUUCCCUCAUGAUUACAUCAAAAUUGUUGUUUUCUCCUUUAUAACCGGAGAGUAAACACACCUUCACUGUAAAGAUUUACAGAGGAUGGGACUAUGGAACCUGGAAAGGCAGCUCACCAUUAAUUUCACCGCCAGAGAAAACAAGGGUUCAUCUUUUUUUUUCGUGUAUGUACCAAUUUAUUAUUGUUACUGAAUAAUAAUAAAUUUGUACAUCUCUGUUAAGUGCUCAAAAAUUUGUUGCCGUCAAGUCAGUUCUGACUCGUAGCGAUCCUUCAGAACAGAGCAGAACUGCCCCAUAGGGAUUCCAAGGAGCAGCUGGUGGAUUCCAACUGCAGACCUCCUGGUUAGCAGCCAAACUCUUAACCACUGUGCCACCAGGGCUCCAGUUUAGUGUUCAGCUGCUCACCAAAAGGUUGGCAGUUCAAACCCACCCAACAGCUCUACAGGACAAAGGCCUGAAAUUGGCUCACGUGAAAGUCACAGUCUAGAAAACCCUAUGGGGCAGUUCUACUGUCAUGUGAGGUUGCUGUGAGUUGGAAUUGACUCCAUGGUACCCAAUAACACUGUUAUUAUUUCACAAAAAAGGUCUUAAUAGCCAUGUUGCAGUUGUUAGCAGCCAUGAUUUGGCCCUUGACUCAUGCGGACCCUAUGUGGAAUGAAACAAAAUGCCGCCCAGCCCUGUACCAUCCCUACGAUUGGUUGUGAAUUGAACCAUUGUGUUGCUUAGGAUAUUCACUGGCUAAUAUUUGGAAGUUGAUUGCCAGGCCUUUCUUCCUCCUAAUAGUGUUACUGGGUUCUUUUUUCUUUUGUUGUUGUUGUUAGGUGCCAUCAAGUCAGUUCUGACUCAUAGCGACCCCACGCACAACAGAACAAAACACUGCCUGGUCUAGAGCCAUCCUUACAAUCGUUGUUAUGUUUGAGCUCAUUGUUGCAGCCACCGUGUCAAUCUACCUUGUUGAGAGUCUUCCUCUUUUCCGCUGACCCUGUACUCUGCUAAACAUGAUGUCCUUCUCCAGGGACUGAUGCUUGCUGACAACAUGUCCAAAGUAUGUAAGAUGCAGUCUCGCCAUCCUUGCUUCCAAGGAGCAUUCUGGUUGUACUUCUUCCAAGACAGAUUUGUUUGUUCUUCUGGUAGUCCAUGGUAUAGUCAAUAUUCUUCGCCAACACCACAAUUCAAAGGUGUCGAUUCUUCUUCGGUCUUCCUUAUUCACUGUCCAGCUUUCACAUGCGUAUGAUGCAAUUGAAAAUGUCUGUCAGUUUGUCGUACUGAGGGGGCUUGCGUGUUGCUGUGAUGCUGGAAGCUAUGCCACGGGUAUUCAGAUACCAGCAGGGCCACCCAUGGAGGACAGGUUUCAGCUGAGCUUCCAGACUAAGACAGAAUAGGAAGAAGGACCCGGCAGUCUACUUCUGAAAAGAGUUAACCAGUGAAAACCUUAGGAAUAGCAGCAGAACAUUUUUUCUUUUACUGUGGUAAAAUAUAUAUAGCAUAAAAAUUGUCAUUUCAACUGUUUUUAAGUGUACACUUCAGCAGCAUUAAUUAACCAUCACAGUGUUGUACAGUCAUCGCCACUAUCCAUUUCCAAAGCUUUUUCCUCACCCCAAGCAGAAACUCAGUGCCCCUUAAGCAAUGACACCCCUCCCCCCCAGUCCUCUUCCCCCACCCCGACAUCCACUGACCCGCUUUCUGUCUCUGUGCAUUUGCCUGUUCUGGCCACGCCACGUAAACGGAAUCACACAGUAUUUGUCUUUUUCUCCCCGCCUUCGCUCGCUGAACAUCAUGUUUUCGAGGUUCAUCCACAUUGUGCACGGAUCAGUGCAUUUUCCCUCUUAAGCCAUGCUGCUUUGUAACUUGGUCACAUUCCGUUUCUUGGAUGUCUUUCCGUGUCGGGCCCGUGCCUUGACUUUAAGGGUGUGUGGAUGUGCCCUCCCUGAUUUCCCGAGGACUGAGAAGUCUCCUUUGAGGGGUUUUCUUUUAAGUUUCUUGCCACGCGAGCUUGGGAGUGACUUUAUCAGAAGGAGUAACCUGUCCCCUGCUGACAGUGAACCUGCAACAGGGCCACCGUUGGGGUGUUUUUAUACAGUCACCCUUUAGGAGCCCUGUGGUGCGGUGGUUAAGUGCUUGGCUGCUAACCAAAAGGCUGGUGGCUCAGACCCAGCCCGUGGCUCCACAGGAGGAAGUCCUGGCGAUCUGCUUCUGUAAAGAUUAAAGUCUAGGAAGCCCUAUGGGGCAGCUCUGCUCGUCUCAGAGUCGAUGGCACCCAGCAGCAGCAGCAACAAUGAUCUCACUCCCUCUUCCAUUUUGUCCCUGUCUUAGUUGUCUAAGUGGUGCCACAACACAAACACCACAAGGGGGAGGCUUCAAACAACAGGACUUUCUUCUCUCACAGCCUAGGAGGCGAAAAGUCCAAAUUCAGGGUGUCUGCUCCAGGGAAAGGCUUUCUCUCUCUGUCGGCUCUGGAGGAAGGUCCUUGUCAUCAGUCUUCCUCUGAUUUUCUCGGCACAGAAGCUGCGGGAGCAGAGUGCAUCCUUCGGAUACGGCACUGCCUUCUUGUGGCCUGAGGUUCCCCUGUCUCUCUGCUUGCUUCUCUAUUUUGUAUCUCAAAAAAAACUGACUUACAAUUGGCAUAAUAAACUCUAUUAUGAAAACAUUCUGCAUCCCACUUUGAAGUGUGGCGUCUGGGGUCUUAAAUGCUAACAAGCGGCCAUCUAAGAUGCAUCAAUUGGUCUCAACCCAUCUGGAUCAAACGGGAAUGAAGAACACCAAGGUCACAUGAUAACUAUGAGCCCGAGACAGAAAGGGCCACAUGAACUAGAGACUUACAUCAUCCUGAGACCAGAAGAACUAGAUGGUGCCCGGCCACAACCGAUGACUGCCCUGACAGGGAGCACAACAGAGAACCCCUGAGGGAGCAGGAGGUCAGUGGGAUGCAGACCCCAAAUUCUCAUAAAAAGACCAGACUUAAUGGUCUGACUGAGAUUAGAGGAAUCCCGGCGGUCAUGGCCCCUAGACCUUCUGUUGGCCCAGGACAGGAACCAUUUCUGAAGACAACUCAUCAGACAUGAAAGGGACAGGACAGUGGGUUGGAGAGAGAUGCUGAUGAAGAGUGAGCUACUUGUAUCAGGUGGACACUUGAGAUUGUAUUGGCAUCUCCUGUCUGGAGGGGAGAUGGGAGGGUAGAGGGGAUUAGAAACUGGCAAAACGGUCACAAAAGGAGAGACUGGAGGAAGGGAGCGGGCUGACUCAUUAGGGGGAGAGCGAAUGGGAGUGUGUAGUAAGGUGUAUAUAAGCUUACAUGUGACAGACUGUCUUGAUUUGUAAACUUUCACUUAAAGCACAAUAAAAAUUAUUUUUAAAAAAAUGGACUUAAAACACACCAAAUCUCAUAGACCUGCCUCAUUAACGUAACUGUUUCUAAUGCUGCCUUGUUAAUAUCAUAGAGGCAGGGUUUACAGCACACAUGAAAAUCACAUCAGAUGAGAAAAUGUUGGGCAAUCACAUAGUAAUCAAUGGGAAUCAUGGCCUAUUUUGACACAUGUCUUUGGGGGACACAAUUCAUUGGGGGAUACAAUUCAAUCCAUGCCAAGUUCCCCAUAGGCUUUUUCCUCUAGGGUUUUCUUUUUAAUGUUUUGUUGUUGUUUUACUUUACCUGUAUUUUUACACAAAUAGUGCACACCUGGAGCCCUGGUAGCACAGUGGUUAAGAGCUCAGCUGCUAACCAAAAGGUCAGCCAUUCAAAUCCACCAGGCGCUCCUUGGAAUCCCUAUGGGGCAGUUCUACUCUGUCCUGUAGGGUCGCUACGAGUCGGAAUUGACUCAUUGGCAAUGGGUUUGGGUUUCUUGGUUUGCAAGCGCCUUCUGUGUUUGUUUGCCAGCUGCUCCCCCCACCCAGGUAUUUUCAUUAGUGCCGCUGUGCCAAUUUUUUUUACAUGUUGCUGCACAGACGAAAUUAUUAUAGUGCUCUUAUGAAAAUACCUUGCAGGAAGGGGAGGGAGUGGUUGGUAAACGAACAUAGAACACGCACGUUAUUUGUGUAAAAUAUGUGAUUUUUUAUUGUCUUGACUUUGGUAGAGCUUAUAUUUUGUUUUUACUUUAAAAACGUAUCUUAAAAUAUACACGUGUUUUUAUCAUCGCUACGUUAACAGUGCACGUUUCAUUCACUGUUGGUCAAGGGGAGGAGGAACUAUAAUUUACUUCCUCUUUCAGGGUCUCUGCCUUCAGCACUGCUGACAUGGGGGCUGGGUAUUCUCUGGGAUGGGCCUGAACUGUGCAUUGUAGGGUGUUGAGCGGCAUCGUUGGUCUCCGUCUACUCCGUGCCCGUAGCACCCUAUCCCAGUCAUGACACCCACAAAUGUCUCAGACUUUGCCAGUGUUCCCCGGUUGGGAGGAGGCAGGAUCAGCCCUUGUUUACAUACACUGUUAUUUAAUCUUAUCUCUAACCCCUCAGGAGGGGUUUGCUCCCCGCUCACAGAUGAGGGCACUGACCAGGGAGACAGUAGUUUGCCCAAAGACACAGGGCCAGGCGGUACUGGGAGCCAAGCACUGUGCUGGGGGGUCAGGAUGGGUAAUGGGAUUUUAUGGCAUCUGCCUGCAGCCUCCUGUGACCCCUCCACUCUUGUCCUUCUCUUGUAGUGGAGAAGGAUCCUGUCCCUGCCCUGAGGCCAGCAGUGACCCUCAGAGUAACCACACCACUCCCUGAAGGGAUAUUGACAGCUCCUUCAGCUCCUUCUUCCUUCCAGAACUUUUUAAAACUAUCUCUUGUUUAUUUUCUUCCUACUAAAAAGUGGAAAACAUGUUGUCGUUAGGUGUUGUCGAGUCGAUUCCAACUCAAAGUGACCCCGUGUGACAGAGGAGAACUGCCCCAGUGACCCCGUGUGACAGAGAACUGCCCCAGUGACCCCGUGUGACAGGAGAACUGCCCCAGUGACCCCGUGUGACAGAGGAGAACUGCCCCCAUAGGGCUCUCUAGGCUGUUAUCUUUACAGAAGCAGAUCACCAGGUUUUUCUCCCGCGGAGCUGCUAGGUGGGUUCCAACCGCCAACCUUUGGUUAGCAGCCGAUUGCUUAACCACUGCGCCACCAGGGCCUUUAAGUGAAGUGAGUCAGUCACAAAAGGACAGAGUUUGUUUGAUCACACUUACAUGAAAUGUCCAGAAUAGACAAAUCCAUGGAUGCAGACAGAGGAGGGUCUGGGGAGGGGGAAGUAGGGAGUCACUGCUAACGGGCAUGAGGGAUCUAGUUGGGGUGAUGAGAAUGUUCUAGAAUUGCUUGCUUAUACUUUUACAUCUCUGUGACUAUACUAAAAGGCAUGGAAUGGUAUGCUUUAAGUGGGUGGUGAUUAUGGUUUGUGCAUAUCUCAGUUUUUUAAAAAUGAUCACCAGGAGGGCUAGAAAAACAUAUAGAACGCCUAAACCGCACCCCACACGGAGUUGCCUCAACAGACCCUACUUCCUGUCUAGCUGCCUUCAUCCAGUAGAAGUUAGAGAGCUUAGCUCAGAGAACCAAGAUCCGAGCACAAAAGGCAAAGCAAGCCAGGGAGCCCCAGGUGUGGCCGGGAGAGCCUAGCUGUCUCCAUGGGUGUCCUGUGAGUGGCGGUGGCUUUCUAGUACAGAAGGCAGUUCAGCAGUUAAAAACUGGCCCUUAGGCUGCCACUAUGCAGCGUUCUCAUCUGGGUCACAACAGAUGGGUCCCAAUAGAAAGGGGAAAAAAUGUGGAACAGAACUUCAGAUUUUCAGAGAGUCCAGACUUACUGGAGUGAGGGAACCCCCGAGACUAUUGCCCUGAGAUGCUCUUUAGCCUUGAGCCGAAACUAUCCCCUGAAAGCACCUUUUAACUAAAUAGCAGUCUAGCUCAAAAAUAAAGAAAUUCGCCCUUGAGGACUGCACUCUUGUAAAACUUACCCACAUGAGACCAAAUGGACCACAGCUGCCCUAAAGCACAGCUGAGAAGCUUAGGGGCAGCGAGAUUAAGUUGCUGGGAGUGAAACAACUAGAGCGGAAACAAUGUUGACACUGAGCAACGUCAGCAGUGUCACUGAACAUCAUGCCCAGAAGUUGUUGAAUGCGCGCCUGUUUUGCUGUGUACAGUUUCACUAAAAAUACAAUGAAAAAAAAUUUUUUUUUUUAAAGACCAAACUGUGGUCCAGAGACAUUCUGAUUCCAUACAGCCUUUCUUUAAAAGAAAAAGCAAAAACAAAAUAAGAAACACUCAGAUGAGAAAGACUUGGGCGCGGCCUUUUUUCGUGGGACUGACUCUGGGCUGUGCGUGUCCUCCAGGCUGGGACCCAGGGUCGGCCUGGGGUCUAGAAUCGCUGGGUCCGGCGUCUGAGGUGCGGAGCGGCAGGGCUACGUGAGGUGCCCCAGUGAUGGUGAAGAGCUGCAGGUUGUGAAGGGCCCCGGAAGGAAGUGGGCGAUUGUGGCCCAGCCUUUCUGGGCCUGGCCAGGGAGGGGUCACGCCAGUUGGUUGCUUAUUUCUGGGGAAAAAAAAAAGGGUGUGUGUGUGUUGCAGGCAGGGGCAUUUUGUCAUCUUACCUUUUGUCAUUCUAGAAGUUUCCAAGUGCCACUGACAUCUUGUCCGUGGGAAGAGCAGGGGAGUCAAGGGCUAGCGUUGAAUUCUGAAAAGCUUGUCCAAACGUUUUCCCCCCAUUGCAGCCCCUGGAAGUAUUCUAAGAAGAGCAGAGAGAACGGAACCCCAGAAACGAUUGGACCACUGUGACCCAUAGAAUUUUCACCGACAGAUUUUUGGAAGUCGAUUGCCAGGCCUUUCUUCUUGUCAGUCUGGGAUCUCCGCUGAAACUUGUUCAGCAUCAUAGCAACAGGUCUCAGAGAGGAGCCCGGACCCGGUGGACUUCCUGCUGCCUCCAGCCACUGUGCUCGGGACGCGUCUCCAGACCCUGAGCCCCAGAGCCCCACCAUGUCCAACCCCUUCCUGAAGCAAGUCUUCAACAAGGACAAGACCUUCCGGCCCAAGCGCAAGUUCGAGCCAGGCACCCAGCGCUUUGAGCUCCACAAGCGGGCUCAGGCAUCGCUGAACGCGGGGCUGGACCUGCGGCUGGCUGUGCAGCUGCCCCCGGGCGAGGACCUUCACGACUGGGUGGCCGUGCACGUGGUGGACUUCUUCAACCGUGUCAACCUCAUCUACGGCACCGUCAGCGACGGCUGCAGCGAGCAGUCCUGCCCGGUCAUGUCAGGCGGCCCCAAGUACGAGUACCGCUGGCAGGACGAGCACAAGUUCCGUAAGCCCACCGCACUGUCCGCCCCCAAGUACAUGGACCUGCUGAUGGACUGGAUCGAGGUGCAGAUCAACAAUGAGGACCUCUUCCCCACCAGCGUCGGUACACCGUUCCCCAAGAACUUCCUGCAGGUGGUGAAGAAAAUCCUGUCACGGCUGUUCCGUGUGUUCGUGCACGUCUACAUCCACCACUUCGACCGCAUUGCCCAGAUGGGCGCCGAGGCGCACGUCAACACCUGCUACAAGCACUUCUACUACUUUGUCAGGGAGUUCGGCCUCAUCGACACCAAGGAACUGGAGCCGCUGCCUUCAGUAUGGAUUACACCUCAACGUAAAGAAGACAAAAAUCCUCACAACCGGACCAACAAGCAACAUCAUGAUAAAUGGAGAAAAUAUCGAAGUUGUCAAGGAUUUCAUUUUACUUGGACCCACAAUCGAUGCCCAUGGAAACAGCAGUCAAGAAAUCAAAUGACAUAUUGCAUUGGGCAAAUCUGCUGCAAAAGACCUCUUUAAAGUGUUAAAAAGCAAAGAUGUCACUUUGAGGACUAAGGUGCGCCUGACCCAAGCCAUGGUAUUUUCAUAUGCUUUCGAAAGCUGGCCGAUGAAUAAGGAAAACCUAGUAAGAAUUGAUGCACUUGAAUUAUGGGGUUGGUGAAGAAUACUGAAUAUACCAUGGACUGCCAGAAGAAUGAACAAAUCUGUCUUGGAUGAAGUACAGCCAGAAUGCCCCUUAGAAGUGAGGAUGGGGCAUAGAAGUACUUUGUCUCAUGUACUUUGGUCAGGUUAUCAGGAGGCAUCAGUCCCUGGAGAAGGACCUCAUGCUUGGUAAAGUAGAGGGUCAGGGAAAGAGUGGGAGACCCUCAACAAGAUGGAUGGUCACAGUGGCUGCAACAGUGGGCUCAAACACAGCAAUGACUGUGAGGCUGACGCAGGACCGGGCAGCGUUUCGUUCUGUUGUACACAGGGUCGAAAUGAGUCAUAACUGACUCCACAGCACCCAGCAACAACACGCCUCACGUUACAAUCCCAUUUGGGAAUGAGUCAUCUCUGUUAUGUUAAUGAGGCAGGAUUAGCGUAGGGCAUGGCUUAAAUCAAUCUCUUUUCAGAUAUAAAAGAGAUUAAAUAAGCAGGUGAGGAAAGCAGAGAUGGAGAAAGACACAUGCCAAGCCACAUGAUGAUUGCCCAGGAGCAGAAAAUCAGAAGGGACAAGGACCUUCCUCCAGGCCCAUCCAGCACAGAGAGAAAGCCUUCCCUAGAGGCAGCUCCCUGAAUUCAGAUUUCUAGCCUCACAAACUGUGAGACAAUAAAUUUCUGUUUGUUAAAGCUACCCACUUGUGAUGUUUCUGUUACAGCAUCACUAGAUAACUAUGGGAAACACUAUCAACCAUCUUGAUCUAAUUGACAUUUAUUGAACACUCAACAACAGCAUAAGACACAUUAUUUCCAAGUGCUCAUUAAGUAUGCAGUAAGCUAGACCAUAUGCUGGCUUAUAAUACAAACGUUAACAACAGGAUAAAAUAAAAAAAGCUGUGGUAUAUUCACACAUUGGAAUAAAACACAAUGACAAAAAAAACAAAAAAUUACUGCUAUGUGCAACAACAUAGAUAAAAUCUCACAGACAUUAUGUUGACUACAUGAAGUCAGACACAGUAUACUUCAUAUAUUAUUCUGACUAUAUGAAGUCAAAGAUUGGGCAAAUAUUAUCGCUGGCAAUACAGUCAGAACAAUGGUUACUCCGAGGGUGAAUAUCAACUGGGAAAAGGGCAUGAGGGAAUCAUGUGCACCUGAAAAUUUCCCUAACUUGAUCUCAGAGGACGCUAUAUGAGUGUCUAUCCAGAUGUACAAAUUCAUUGUGUUGUACACUGAAUAUCAGUACACAUCAAAAUAAUAAAUGUUGGAGAGGUUGUGGAGAGACUGAAACACUUAUACACUGCUGGUGGGAAUGUAAAAUGGUACAGCCACCUUGGAAAUUGAUUUGGCAUGUCCUUAAAAAGCUAGGAACAGUAGUACCAUAUGAUCCAGCCAGUGAAAACCUUAUGAAUGGCAGUGGAACAUUGUCUGAUAUAGUGCUAGAAGAUAUGCCCCCCAGGUUGGAAGGCACUCCAAAGAUGCCUGGGGAAGAGCUGCCUCUUCAAAGUAGAGUCGACCUUAAUGAUGUGGAUGGAGUAAAGCUUUUGGGACCUUCAUUUGCUGAUGUGGCAUGACUCAAAAUGAGAAGAAACAGCUGCAAACAUCCAUUAAUAAUCAGAUCCUGGAAUGUAUGAAGUAUGAAUCUAGGAAAAUUGGAAAUAGAAAUGAAACGGAAUGCAUAAACAUUGAUAUUCUAGGCAUUAGUAAGCUGAAAUGGACUGGUAUUGGCCAUUUUGAAUUGGACAAUCAUAUAGUCUACUAUGAUAGGAAUGACAACUUGAAGAGGAAUGGUGUUGCAUUCAUCGUCGAAAGGAACAUUUCAAGAUCUAUCCUGAAGUCCAACGCUGUCAGUGGUAGGAUAAUAUCCAUACGCGUACAAGGAAAACCACUUAACACGACUAUUAUUCAAAUUUACGCACCAACCACUAAGACCAAAGAUGAAGAAAUUGAAGAUUUUUAUCAGCUGCUGCAGUCUGAAAUUGAUUGAACAUGCAAUCAGGAUGCAUUGAUAAUUACUGGUGAUUAGAAUGCUAAAGUUGGAAACAGGAAGGAUUGGUAGUUGGAAAAUAUGGCCCUGGUGAUAGAAACAAUGCCAGAGAGCCCAUGACAGAAUUUUGCAAGACCAACGACUUCUUCAUUACAAAUACCUUCUUUCACCAACAUAAAUGGCGACUGUACACAUGGACCUUGCCAGAUGGAACACACAGGAAUCAAAUCGACUACAUCUGUGGAAAGAGACGAUGGAAAAACUCAAUAUCAUCAGUCAGAACAAGGCCGGGGCUGACUGUGGAACAGACCAUCAAUUGCUCAUAAGAAAGUUCAAGCUGAAACUGAAGAAAAUCAGAGCAAGUCCACGAGAGCCAAAAUACAACCUUGAAUAUAUCCCACCUGAAUUUAGAGGCCAUCUCAAGAAUAGGUUUGAUGUGUUGAACACUAGUAACCCAAGACAAGAUGAGCUGUGGAAUGACAUCAAGGACAUCAUACAUGAAGAAAGCAAGAGGUUGUUGAAAAGACAGGAAAGAAAGAAAAGACCAAGAUGGAUGUCAGAGGAGACUCUGAAACUUGCUCACAAACGUCCAGCAGCUAAAGCAAAAGGAAGAAAUGAUGAACUACAAGAACUGAACAGAAGAUUUCAAAGGGUGUCUCGAGAAGACAAAGUAAAGUGUUAUAAUGACAUGUGCAAAGAGCUGGAGAUAGAAAACCAAAAUGGAAGAACACGCUGGGUGUUUCUCAAGCUGAAAGAACUGAAGAAAAAAAUUCAAGCCUUGAGUUGCAAUAGUGAAGGAUUCUAUGGGGAAAAUAUUAAACAAGGCAGGAAGCAUCAAAAGAAGAUGUAGGGAAUACACAGAGUCAUUAUACCAAAAAGAAUUAGUCGAUGUUCAACCAUUUCAAUAGGUGGCAUAUGAUCAGGAACCGAUGGUACUGAAGGAAGAGGUCCAAGCUGCACUGAAGGCAUUGGCGAAAAACAAGGCUCCAGGAAUUGAUGGAAUAUCAAUUGAGAUGUUUCAACAAACAGAUGCAGAGCUGGAGGUGCUCACUCGUCUAUGCCAAGAAAUAGGGAAGACAGCUUCCUGGCCAACUGAAUGAAGGGAUCCACAUUUAUGCCUAUUCCCAAGAAAGGCGAUCCAACUGAAUGCGGAAAUUAUUGAACAAUAUCAUUAAUAUCACACACAAGCAAAGUUUUGCUGAAGAGCAUUAAAAAACGGCUGCAGCAGUAUAUUGACAGAGAACUACCAGAAAUUCAGGCCAGUUUCAGAAGAGGAUGUGGAACCAGGGAUAUCAUUGCUGAUGUCAGAUGGAUCCUGGCUGAAAGGAGAGAAUGCCAGAAGGAUCUAUACCUGUGUUUUAUUGACUAUAUAAAGCAUUCGACUGUGUGGAUCAUAACAAAUUAUGGAUAACACUGUGAAGAAUGGGAAUUCCAGAACAUUUCAUUGUGCUCAUGAGGAACCUUUACAUGGAUCAAGAGGCAGUUGUUCAGACAGAACAAUGGGAUACUAAGUGGUUUAAAAUCAGGAAAGGUGUGGGUCAGAGUUGUAUCUUUUCACCAUACCUAUUCAUUUUGCAUGCUGAGCAAAUAAUCCGAGAAGCUGGACUAUACGAAGAAGAACGGGGCAUCAGGAUUGGAGGAAGGCUCAUUAACAACCUGCGUUGUGCAGAUGACACAACCUUGCUUGCUGAAAGUAAAGAGGACUUGAAGCACUUACUUAUGAAGAUCAAAGACCACAGCCUUCAGUAUAAACUGCACCUCAACAUAAAGAAAACAAAAAUCCUCACAACUGGACCAAUGAGCAACAUCAUGAUAAACAGAGAAAAGAUUCAAGUUGUCAGGGAUUUCAUUUUACUUGGAUCCACAAUCAACAGCCACGGAAGCAGCAGUCAAGAAAUCAAAAGACGUGUUGUAUUGGGCAAAUCUGCUGCAAAGGACCUCUUCAAGGUGUUGAAAAGUAAAGAUGUCACCUUGAAGACUAAAGUACACCUGACCCAAGCCAUGGUAUUUUCAAUCACAUCAUAUGCAUGCGAAAGCUGGACAAUGAAUAAGGAAGACCAAAAAAGAACUGAUGCCUUUGAUUGUGGUGUUGGCGAAGAAUAUUGAAUAUCCCAUGGACUGCCAAAAGAAUGAACAAAUCUGUCUUGGAGGAAGUACAACCAGAAUGCUCCUUAGAAGCAAGGAUGGUGAGACUGCAUCCUACAUACUUUGGACAUGUUGUCAGGAGGGAUCAGUCCCUGGAGAAGGACAUCAUGCUUGGCAAAGUACAGGGUCAGCAGAAAAGAGGAAGACCCUCAACGGGGUGGACUUACACAGUGGCUGCAACAAUGAGCUCAAGCAUAACAGCAAUUGUGAGCAUGGCGCAGGAGCAGGCAGUGUUUCUGUUGUGCAUCGGGUCGCUACGAGCCGGAACCAACUGGACAGCACCGAACAACAACAACAUGAUCCAGCAAUCCCACUCCUUGGAAUAUAUCCUAGAGAAAUAAGAGCUGUCACAUGAAUAGGUAUAUGCACACCCGUGUUCAUUGCAGCACUGUUCACAGUAGCAAAAAGAUGGAAAUAACCUAGGUGCCCAUCAAUGAAUGAAUGGGUAAACAAAUUAAGGUACAUUCCCACAAUGGAAUACCACGCGAUGAUAAAGAACAAUGAUGAAUCCACGAGACAUCUCAUAACAUGGAUGAAUCCGGAAGGCAUUACGCUCAGUGAAAUUAGUCACAAAAGGACAAUCA